UUCUCUCCUGUGACACCAAAGUUGAAUUCCCCCUAGGAGAGUCACGUUUUAUUGUGGGAUUUCUGAGUGUCUGUAAGAUUUCCCCUUCCUAUAAACGUCAUGGGGGCGAGAGAUAUAUACUAGUGGGGAGGCGCAGUGGCAGGAGUACGGAGUACGGCAAGGUGAGGCAGGUGUGAAGAAGUUGCGGAGACUGGGUGGGUAAACUGCCCGGUAUUUCGUAUUCAUCCUCUCUAAAGGAGGGGGAGGAAAGCGGCGACCAUGGCUUCUUCGACGGCCUAUGAGGCGGCGAGGAGCAUCGAGGGAGGCGACUUCAAGAGCGGGCUGCUGCGCCACGGCCACGGUCACGGCCACGGGCGCACCGCGCACAACAUGUCGUCGUCGUCGCUGCGGAAGAAGUCGGAUAUGACGCUGGUGUCCAGGGUGCCCUGGGGUAACUUGCGCAGCCUCCUCGCCAACCUGCAGGAGAUCUUCCUGGGGACCAAGCUCUUCAUCCUCUUCCCUGCCGUUCCUCUCGCCAUCGCCGCCCAUUACUUCCACUUCAGUCGCGCUUGGGUGUUCGCGCUGAGUUUGUUGGGACUGACUCCGCUGGCCGAGCGCGUGAGCUUCCUAACCGAGCAAAUUGCGUACUAUACUGGCCCCACUGUGGGUGGUCUCUUGAAUGCCACAUGUGGGAAUGCCACAGAGUUGAUCAUAGCUUUGUUUGCAUUGUAUGAGGGGAAGAUCGAGGUGGUUAAGUUAUCCCUGCUGGGUUCUAUCCUCUCCAACCUGCUGCUUGUCCUUGGCACCUCUCUCCUCUGCGGUGGCAUCGCCAACCUUCGCAAAGAGCAGUUGUAUGAUCGAAAGCAAGCUGAUGCGAACUCAGGCCUUUUGAUAUUGGCUGCUUUGUGCCACUUGCUACCGUUGGGGUUCAGGUAUGCCAUAAAAUCUGGUGAGCGUGCAGUGACCAAGGUUCCAAUACUGGACUUGUCGAGAGCAUGCAGCUUUGUCAUGCUAUUUGCCUAUAUUGCGUUCCUGUUCUUUCAGCUGAAGACUCAUCGCCAACUCUUUGAAGCGCAGGAGGACGAUGAUGCAACCGCUGAAGAAGAGGCGGUCAUGGGGUUCCCAAGUGCCCUGGCUUGGUUGGUGGGCAUGACGAUUGUGAUAGCAAUACUAUCUGAGUAUAUUGUUGGCACAAUUGAGGAUGCUUCAGAAUCUUGGGGCAUAUCUGUAAGCUUCAUAAGCAUUAUCUUGCUACCCAUUGUCGGAAAUGCUGCUGAGCACGCGGGUGCCAUCAUAUUUGCUUUUAAGAACAAGUUGGAUAUCACACUAGGAGUUUCCUUAGGAUCAGCGACUCAGGUCGCCAUGUUUGUGGUUCCACUAAGUGUGCUUGUGGCAUGGAUUAUGGGAGUUGAUAUGGAUCUUGAUUUCAAACUAUUAGAGACAGGCUCUUUGAUCAUGUCAGUAUUGUUGACAGCCUUCACCCUUCAGGAUGGGACUUCGCAUUACUUGAAAGGAGUUGUUCUCCUACUCUCUUAUUUUGUCAUUGGUGCAUGUUUCUUUGUCCUCAAAACACCACCAAAUCAAACAAAUGGCAUCAACUCGGGUUUACUGACGACAACAUCAGGUGUCGUGGCCGCUUAGCAUCAGGUUUAUGAAGAAGCAUUCUGAUAUUGUUCAUUAUGCCCACUGUGAACUUGCAGACGAUGUUGUUAAUUAGACCAAGAAACAUGUACUUGGACAAGAAUUAUCAACUUGGAGAACCAUUUUUCAACCCAAUUCAUCUUGCUGCCCUGUCAUUUCACUUGAAGGGAACUUUUACAGUGAAUCGGAGCUUGGGAAAUUUCCAAAGGUCAAGACCAGCUACAAGGCUGAUCUCAAUUUGUCCAUGAAUGCUUUUCAAAGAACAGGAAAUUUUAAAGAGGAUUCUGGAUUUCUUUUUCUUUUUAAAAAUUUUCUGUGUUCUGUAAAGUGGUUUCAAUUUGCAUUUUAGGUGAUGCAGAGAUUGCAUUCGUCUGUCUCUACCGCUUGUUUUUCCUUUCAAUUAAUUUAAUAAAUGAAAAGGGUUGGAUCA